CAUAACCCCAAAUAUUUUGCUAACAUGGAAAGGUUGAUUAAGGUUUGGCAUGUGGGUAAAAUAGACUACGCAAAGGCUUUAAAAUUACAGAAAUAUUUAGCUAAAUUACACAAUGGCAACACCCAUGUUAACAACACCUUAUUGUGUCUUGAACAUCCACCUGUGUUUACAACAGGAAUCCGGACCAAGCAGUAUACUUUGGAGGAGGAAAAUCGAUUGAAAAACACAGGGGCUGAUUUCUUUAGGACAGAUAGAGGUGGGCUCAUAACUUUUCAUGGACCUGGACAAUUAAUAGCAUAUCCUAUUCUCAAUUUAAAGCAUUUUAAACCCAGUGUAAGGUGGUAUGUUUGCCAUAUAGAAAAAACGAUUAUUAAAGUUUGUAAGGCUUUUGGACUAAAUGCUGAAACAUCUCCACAUACAGGAGUGUGGAUUAAUGAUAAUAAGGUUUGUGCAAUUGGCAUACAUGGAAGUCGUUUCGUAACGACCCAUGGUUUAGCAUUAAAUUGUACUACUAAUUUAAAAUGGUUUAAGCACAUAGUUCCCUGUGGUAUUGAAGGCAAAGGUGUGACCAGCCUCUCACAUGAACUAAACAAAGACGUGUCAAUAAAUGAUGUGUUACCAACAUUUCUGGAUUGUUUUGCUAAAACUUUUGAUGCUAGAUUUAUAGACUUUCCAAAGAAUGAGGCCGAGGAAAUAUUGAAUAAAAUUGACUCAGAAUAAGAUUUUGUGUAAUUAAUA